AUGACAGAUAUUCAUGAAAAGCCCGGGGGGCCGAUCACGGUGGACUCUAGCAGAGAUAGCGAGGAAUUGACCAACGAAGUCCACCUCAAUGAGAAAAGGUUGUUGUUCAAAAUUGACACGCAUGUUCUGCCGAUUUUGUGUGUUCUGUACUUCCUAGCCUUCUUGGAUCGAAUCAACAUAGGCAAUGCAGUCGUCUUUGGCCUUGAGGAAGAUUUGGGCAUGGACCCCAAAUCCAACCAGUUUAACACGGCGUUGACGAUUUUCUUCGUGCCGUACGUGCUGCUGGAGAUUCCAUCCAACAUCUUUCUCAAGAAACUGCGGCCGCAUAUUUGGCUGGCAGGAUGCAUGUUUCUCUUUGGUAUUUUGACCAUCGCUCAAGGCUUAGUCAAAAGCUACAGUGGUCUCCUCGCAACACGGUUUUUCAUCGGUGUCGCAGAAUCUGGGAUGUUUCCAGGAUGCUUUUACCUCAUUGGAAUGUGGUAUAAACGAUCCGAUGCCCUCCGCCGAUAUACUUAUUUCUUUAACUCGACCACGCUCGCAGGCGCAUUCGGCGGGUUGAUCGCUUAUGGUACAGGCCAUAUGCAGGGCAUGAGAGGAUAUGGAGCCUGGCGCUGGCUGUUCAUCAUCGAAGGCUCCGUGACCUGUGUGGUUGCCAUUGUGGCCUGGUUCAUCAUCUCGGACUUCCCCGAGCAGGCGCGAUGGCUGAAUGAGGAGGAGCAACAAUGGGUGAAAAAGCGACUCAUGGCCGAUCAUGGGGACGACUCGGUUGAACGGUCUAUCGGAUUCCGGGAUGUGGUUGAGGUCCUGAAGGACUACAAAAUCUUCCUAGGAGCGCUCAUGUACUUUUCCUUCCUAGUUCCUGCCUACGGCUAUGCAUACUUCUCGCCUACUAUCAUCGAGUCCUACGGUUACAGUCCUUUACAAACUCAGCUCCACUCCGUCCCACCGCUGGCAAUGGCUUUUUUUGUGUCUCUGGGAAUUGCAUUUGUCUCUGACCGGGUGCGACACCGGUACCUCUUCGUUCUCUUCAAUUUACUGGUUGCUAUCGCGGGGAUCGCAAUCCUGCUGACAGAGCACCACAACACAAAGCUUGAGUAUGGUGCGCUUUUCCUUGUGGUUUUUGGCCCGUAUUGCGGUAUGCCAGUGGCGCUCUGCUGGUUCACCAUGAACUUGGGUGGCCAUCGGCGGCGCGCCAUCGGGACCGCCCUGCAGCUUGGGUUCGGUGAGAUCGCGGGUAUCGUGUCUACGUUCCUGUUCUUGUCUAAGGAUGCGCCGUACUUCCACACUGGGUACAGCGUGGCUAUCUUUUUCUUUACACUUGCCAGCUUCUGGUCAACCUGCUACUUCCUUGCUUGUUGGUCGCAGAAUCGCAAGCGUGAUCAACUCAUAGCACAGGACUCUGCCGAAGCUAGAAUGGCAGGAGAGGGUGAUUUGGAUAUCUCGUACCGAUAUAUGCUUUAA